GUGUGAAAACGGCGAAGAUGAGGGCAAUUGUUUACAAAAAACAGUAAUUUCUGAUGUUUGUCCUUCUGCAAGUGUUCGCACGUUUGAGCUAUGGAAGAUCCUGCUGGCCGCAAUGGCUUUCCCCCACUAAAACCACGUCCUGCUAACGGCCCCCGACCUCACCGGUGUGAAGUUUGUCAAAGGUCAUUCCGAGAAGUAGCAACACUGAGAAAACAUGAGCAGUUACAUCGUGCCGACCGGCCUUACGUUUGUACGACGUGCGGAAAAUCAUUUCUUUGGUCGUCCAAUCUAAAGGUUCAUGAGCGUGUGCACACUGGCGAGCGGCCGUACAAGUGUAAGAUCUGCCACCGGUGUUUCACUCAGUCCAACGACCUUCGACGCCAUGAGCGCAACGUGCACAUGCGCGGAAAACUCUACGGGUACAAGAAUGCGACGACGCGCCAGAACAGUCACGUCAAUCUGGCCGCCUACCAGGCUUUCGCCAUGCAACAGAGGGCGCUGCUGCAGCAGGCGUUGACAUACGAGUCAUUCAUGCAGAAUGCCGCGGUGGCCUCCCACGCGCAGAUGUUCGGCCAGCCGCAGCAGCAGCCGCCCAAACCUAGCCUCGUGUCUACCUCAGUUACCUCCCUUCCGUGCAGGAACUUGCUUCGGAAGCAUUCCCCACCACGAAGUCCGAUAAAGCUCGAACAGGUGACGCCUCCGUCGACGCCCGGCGACGGGGAAAGUCACCCGACCGCGGAGGGCCGGCGGUCCUUGUCAACUACCUCACCACAUACCUCAGACAGCCUGCAGAGCCCCCUGCCCUCGGGCUACGCCUCGUCAGUCAGUGGCACCAGCGUCAUCCACUCGCCGCCACUCCUCAUGGCGGCCAACGCGUCGGGCUACGACACCAUGGCGAUGAAGGUCAUGUCAGGACGCACAACACCAUCAUACGAAGAGAAGCCGGAGUACGCGACGCGAUCCCCGCUGCCAGGCAACCGCAUCCCGUCGUUUGAAGAGUUCACGCGCGGCAUUCCCGGCCACCACUUCGCCGCGCCCGUCCGCCAGCAGGAUGGCAGCAUCCUGUCGGAGCCAUGCAGCCAGAUCUCGACGUCAAUGGAGCGUGAAGAUGCAUCGGAGGAAGAGAAAUACGGUGUCUGCGACAGCGUCAUGGACCUGAGCGUCAGGAAGACACCCCCUAGCGGCGAGGAUGAGACGGACAUCGAAGAUGCGAUGGAUAUGAAGGUGUCAAUGAUGCCUCCCCCGCGCACCCCGGAGUCGGAGACCGACAGUAGCAAGCGGACUGUGACCACUACCUCAGCAUCGCCGGCGGCCGCGGCGGCCGACUCGGGCAUCCACCACUGCAAGCACUGCAACAUCUUCUUCUACGACUACACGAUGUUCCACCUGCACCAGAGCCUGCACUCCCCAUACGAGGACGAGUAUCCCUUCCGGUGUCCGUCCUGUGCCAAGAACUGCCAGGACCGCAUCGAGUUCAUGUUCCACACCGUGUGGCACGUCAAGUACCCAAACACCAUCCCCAACUACCCCUCCUUCAGGGACAGUUACCUCUGUACUUGAAUAACACGAAUAACCAGGGUCUGAAUUUGAGGCUGCAUGACAUCGGUGGAGAGGACUGUUGAUCUGCCUCAGUGGCUGCCCACGGACAGGGGCAGAUAACUCAUAUCAACAUUACACUAGGAGAUGCGUAAUCUUCUUUUCCGGAGAGUCACUUCAACUGGAGGGUGAAGGUUGUCAUGGUAACACAAAGUUAAAAAAAAAAAAAAAUAUAUAUGUAUAUUGUCUGCCAGCUGAAGUUGUCAGUCGUGUUAACUGAUGUCUGUAUGUCAGUACAUGCGUGCAUAGGUAACUUGAUUAGAAGCAGCUAGUCAGGUUCUUGUUAUAUGUAUGUUUAAAAAAAAUACAUAAGUUGAAACUUGCCAUUGCGUAAAUAUGCACUCAUCAUUGAUCAUUAUGAGCUGUAUUUUUAUUUUUUUUUAUUUUUUUUUAGUUAUGCAAUAUGUUUAGAAAAAGAACAUGACAUAUUUGUAGGCACUUUAUUGCUGUUGUCUGCAGUAGAAUUGCCAUGGAUGUUUGACGACUUUGUUAUAUAUAUAUAUAUAUAUGGUUUUGUGAAAAGAUGUUUGACGACUUUGUUAGAAGCUUUAGAUGUAUUGUCAGUGUGUUACGAAAUUGCUUGUUUUAAUGAUGUAAGUGCUGAUAAAUGUUAUAUUCCUAUACUGGUACCAUUAAUUACUGUUUAUUUUUCAUUCAUCAUCUUUUUAUCUUCUUGUUUUUUUCCCUUUUUGAUAUAAAAAGUCUCCAGUUUCGUGGUGAAAAUUUAUUUGUGGAAAGUAAGGGAGAUCUUCUUUAAUAAAAAGAAAUCAACAAAAGUGCUACGGUGACAACUAGGAUUCCAUUUCAUGAAUAAAUUAUGUUAAUUUUGACCUAGAAUGAUGAAACAAUGUUGUGUCAUUAGUUCAAGAACAGAUCAUAUUAAUUAUUAAGAAUCUUAAUCAAGAUGAGAAAGAAAUAAACUGAUUAUAAACCAGCAUAUCAUGAAUAAUUAAUUAUAAUAAAUUAUGUAAAUUUUUAGAACCAUCAUUUUUAGAAGAAUUAAUUGCAUGAAUUAUUUUGCUGUUUAUACUAAGAAAAAUAAAUCAAAUAGUGGUUUGUGAUUAUAAGCUCCAAUCAUUUCAAAUACUACGUACUUCUUAAAUAGUACAUUUAAAUAAAACUUGGAGAAGCUGGACUCCGGAAUUUAAAAAAAAAAAAUGUAAACUGAGUUAAAUUCUUGAAAUGGGUCCUAUUUUUAAUAUAUUAAAAUGUCCUCUAUUAAUUUUUAAAAUCAUUUUAUUACUAUUAUUUUUUUAUCUUUAAAAAAAAGAUAAUCUUUUUCUUUGUUGUUUAAUUAGAUCAGUAAUUUUUUUUUAAAACAUUCAAAAAUCAAUAAUCCUAGUUCAUAACAUUCUGACAAGAUUUUUUAACAACCGGUGAGAGACCAUUUGGUGAAAUUUGGUCAUUGUUAGUGCUGCCUCAUUGUUCACAAUUUACACCCUUACACUCCUUCAAGUCACAUAAGACUGCCCACUUUCAGUGGAUCAAUCGGUCCAUUGUGGGAUUUUAGGAAUGAAAGGUCUCAUUACUAUUACCAUCACCUUAUUAUUGUUGUUGUUAUUAUUACCUGUUAUAAGAAUGUGUACACCUAUAGAAAGAUUAUUUUUGCUUUUGUUUCGUUAAUUUUCAAUACUGAUGUAUCUGGCUUUUGUUUCCGAAGAACAAGAAAAACACAAGUUUAGUCUUCAUUAACAUCCUAGUGUUAAACAUUGAAGGGAUUGAAAUGUGUGUUAAAAUAUCAAAACAAAAAUUUAAUUUGUUAUUUACACAAUGUUUGUUAUAAUUAGUGCCAACUGUAAAAUGUAUUUCGUUUGCUGCUGCUCAAGAGACUGGAAAUAUUUUUUUUCUUCUUCCAUCUUUUUCUCACUAAUUUAAUUGUUUUGUUAAUGCAGUUCUUUUUUUUCUCAAUACCUAAAAAAAAAUUCUGCUGAAAGCCACCGUAUUAAAACAAAUAUCCUUAAUUUUGUGGGUAAAUAGAGCUAUCAUAUUAACAAUCAUUUCUUCAGAAUACCUGAGAUCUUUAACCGUUAUUAUCAAGUAAAACAAUCCACAAAGCCUUGUAGCUCAUAAUUUGUCACAAACAAAUAUAUAUGGUGCCAUUUGCAGAAGGGAGGAAAAGGCAACAGAAGCUAAUUUCACAAAAUGUCGUAAGUUUACAUUUGUAAACUAGCAGUUAUAGCUGUACAUUUAAAUGUUUUUGGAAAUUACACCAUCAUGCACUGGCGUAGGAAAUGGGUGGGGGGGGGGCAAGGGGGGCAUGUGCUCCCUCCCUUUUCAGAUAUUUUGGUUUAUAAUAGUGUAAAAGUGUAUAAAUAUAAAAAUAUGCCCCACACACACACUUUUUGGCACCUUCCUACACCACUGCCAUGACAUAAAAUCAAGCAGUGUAAGAAUAAAAGAAAAUGAUAUAGGUGUACUUCAAACUACAUGUACGUUAGUUGUACUGUUAGUAGUCAUACGAACUAUGGUUAUGUCAUUUUUACGGUUGCGUAGAAAACUGGGUUUACGAUGUUUUGUGAAAUUGAUCCCUGUAGGAUAAAACAAAUUAAUAUCUGCUGAAUAAUGUAACAGUUGUUAGUUGGACUGCAGUAAAUUAAUACAAAAAUAUGUUUUAUGGUUGACCCAAGCUAGAGCAUACAGCAUUCAAACUAUUGUGUACAUCUGCUAGUCCAAGUUUAAGACAGAACUUGGAUAAAAAAAUUAAAAAAAUGAUGUAUAGUAAAUACAAAAUGAUAUUUGAAAUAAUUGCAAGAAGGCUCUUUGUGCAAGAUGCAGUAAUUAACAGAUUUGUUUUUAUUUUAUUUUGUUUUUCAUGUCACAGUAAAUGAUCUCAGUGUAAAUAAAUACACACAAAACAACUUCUAGAAAGACUUUCUUCAUAACUGAAGACACAUUUUCCCCCUACUAAACAUUGUAUGGCACUGUUCCUGGUGAAUAACAUCUUUUUAUUGAAAUUUAAACAAACAAUUAUGCCACUUUUUAUAAAUUAGUAUUAUUAAUAUAGCUUGGGAUAAUAUUUACUGCACAUUUGGUGGUUUUAUCCAUCAAACUAAUGUUUGAAAGGAUUCCUAAACAAUAUGCAGCAUUUUGUAACUGUUGAGCUAUUCACAAUGCAGUUUUAUUAGUGUAAUGCUAUUUGCUGAUUUCUUUUUUCUUCAGAAUGUUACCAAGGUGUGAUGCAUAUUAGUAGUUUGAUUGAAAUUUUACGUUGUCAUGAUUUUGAGAUUUUGCAUUGGGGAACGUGUGUCUUUAUUUAUAAUCUGAACUUAACCAUUUGAUGUGACACAAAAACUCAGGGUUGUAACAUCAUAAAUUAGUUAUUUUGACUAUAUAAAAGAGAACUCUUGUAUUUUAUUGUUAUAUAUACAUCUACAUCUACGUGUAUAUCAUAUUAUAUGUUUUUGCUCUAUCAGGGAACCUUUUUGAACCUCAUUUAUUAUGAUAACCAUAAUUUGCUUGUAUACCUACUCUAGAUUUUUAAAUUUGUUAUCAAUGUUCUGGUUGGUUGAAUUUUAUCAUGGUUCUUAUUGGUAGAAAAUUGUCGCAUGAGUCAUUUCAUUGGUUGACUGCUAUCGUGUCACUUCUUAUAUGAUUCGCCAGAUUCUGUAAUACUUGUACAAGAAUUAGGUUAAAAAUGGCUUUAAAUUGGUUUCUGAAAGUAAAGGUGUUUUAUAAAGAAAUAUUCUUGUGGCCAGCCCAUAGUUUAACUUAGAUAUGCGUUUACCGUCUGGGUUUUUUUUAAUGAUAAUAUGGGGGGGGGGGGGGUUGUU